AUGGCUAGAGGAGAAAAAAUGAUGGCCUACCUUAGCAAAAUACAAGACUUGCUUGCCCAACUGGAAGGGUACACCAUUCAACAAAUACCACGAGAAGAGAAUGCUACCGCUGAUGCCUUGGCAAGGUUGGGAACAAGUGAAAAGAUAGAUAAAGCCAGCCUUGUGCCAAUCGUGGAUGACUUUGUAGCCGAGUGUACCAGAACGCGAGAGGGCGACCAACCAACAAUAACCAGUGACGUCCAAAAGCCUGACCUGAGCGAUUCACCUGAACCACACGUCCAUAACUCCGAGAAAAAUGAAAACCAAGACUACCCCGGUGAAACCUGGAAGCUACAAGUUGAUGGUUCUUCUACCGACCAGUCAUCAGGAGCGGGGAUCACCCUAACAACACCGGAGGGACAACGAAUUCACACGGCCAUUCGCUUUGGUUUCCCUGCCUCAAACAAUGAAGCCGAGUAUGAAGCAUUAAUUGCCGGUCUGAAACUAGCAAAAGAGCUGAAGGCCAGACACUUAGACAUUUACAGCGACUCCCAGCUGGUUGUAAAUCAAGUUUUGGGAGAGUACAUGGCUAGAGGAGAAAAAAUGAUGGCCUACCUUAGCAAAAUACAAGACUUGCUUGCCCAACUGGAAGGGUACACCAUUCAACAAAUACCACGAGAAGAGAAUGCUACCGCUGAUGCCUUGGCAAGGUUGGCAACAAGUGAGAAGAUAGAUAAAGCCAGCCUUGUGCCAAUAGAAUACUUACUUGAGCCAAGCAUCCGCACUAAAGAAGAAGUACUCCUACUCGAUACGACUCAAUCGUGGAUGACCCCCAUAGCCGCUUACUUAGAACAAGGGACACUGCCCACCAACAAAAACGAGGCAAAGAAAACGAGAAGGAAGGCCACCCGGUACCUAAUCAUUGAUGGUGUCAUGUAUCGGCGAGGGUACUCGAUGCCCCUGCUACGAUGUGUACAUCAAGACCAAGCCCAACGACUAAUGGAAGAAGUCCAUGAAGGUUUUUGCGGUAAUCACGCUGGGGGGCAAAGCUUAUCCAAGAAGGUACUGAGGCAAGGAUUCUUCUGGCCAACCAUGAUAGAAGACUCCAUGGAGUAUGUUCGAAGGUGUGAAAAAUGUCAAAAGUUUGCAAAAAUACCAAGGGCUCCACCCAACGAGCUAACGCAAAUGCAGAGUCCAUGGCCCUUCGCUAUUUGGGGUAUAGACUUGAUCGGUCAGUUGCCUAAGGGCAAAGGAGGAGUGCAAUAUGCGGUAGUAGCAGUCGAUUACUUCACAAAGUGGACAGAAGCCGAACCCCUAGCAACUAUAACAUCCAAGAAGGUGCUUGACUUUGUGGUCAAGAACAUUAUAUGUAGGUUUGGAUUACCCCAUAAAUUGGUAUCUGACAACGGUACCCAGUUUGACAGUGUCCUGUUCACAAAUUUCUGCAUUAAGCAUGGCAUAGUAAAGAGCUUCUCGGCGGUCUCGCACCCCCAGUCAAACGGGCAGGUAGAGGCGGUGAAUAAGACCUUAAAAGACACUUUGAAGAAAAGACUCGAAGAAGCGAAAGGAAGGCGCCAGAGCAAUUACCCGAAGUUUUGUGGUCAUAUAGGACGACAGAAAGAACAGCUACUGGCGAUACCCCCUUUGCCCUUGCUUAUGGGUAUGAUGCGAUGA